AUGCUGGCCAGGAGUGCUUUACGAUGCUCCAGUAAGCUCCGAGGCCCGGUUUCGCGGCCGUUCCCACGGCUUGCGAAGCCGCAAUGCCGACAUUUCACAAUGCCUGCCAACGGUACCCCCGUGGCCUCCCCUCCUCCCUCCAGUUCCGCCAUGCUUGCGCCCUUCGUGGGUGAGCUGGACCGCAUAGCCCCAUCCUUUAGGGUCAACGGGUCCCAAAUCCGUGUUCUGUCGUCCCCUGCCGAAUUCUACGAGACGCUCAAGGACAAGAUUCGCAAUGCCGAACGCCGCAUUUUCCUGUCUACGCUCUACAUUGGCAGGUCUGAGAAGGAAUUGAUCGCCACGCUCCAAGAGACACUCCGCGCGAAACCCCAACUCCGGCUUAGCAUUCUUACAGACGCCUUGCGAGGGACACGCGAGGCCCCUGAUCCGUCAUGCGCGUCACUAUUGGUUCCGUUGAUAUCCGAGUUUGGCGCCGACCGCGUCGAAAUUCGCAUGUAUCACACGCCGAACCUGACGGGCCUGAGGAAGAAAUACGUUCCGAAGAGAAUCAACGAGGGUUGGGGGUUGCAGCACAUGAAGUUGUACGGGGUUGACGAUGAAAUCAUUCUCUCUGGAGCCAACUUAUCCAGCGAUUACUUCACGAAUCGUCAGGAUCGCUACCACCUGUUCUCCUCCCAGGAUAUCACCGAGUAUUUUGCGAAUCUCCAGAAUGCGGUGUCAUCGCUGAGCUUUCUGGUCAGACCGUCGAGCUCCCCGGCCGGGUUUGAAAUGGUUUGGCCCGACACUAAUGCGGCCCCGUCACCCCUAGAGGAUCGGAAGCAGUUUGUCAGAGAGUCCACUGGCUUAUUAGCUGGUCUAAUAUCGCCCAAACUAGCCCCCAUAACUGCACACGACACAACCCCCAUGGAGAAACGGGACACGUCAGUUUACGUGCUGGCUCAGUUCUCACAACUCCUUUCUCCGGAUUCCUCGACUGAGCUUCCGGCUCUCACUCAUGUCCUCAAGACACUGUCGUUGCCACAGUACGCCAAAUCUUCGUGGACAUUUACGGCGGGCUACUUCAACCCCGCACCCUCGCUCAUCAAACUCCUGCUCUCGGCCGAGUCACACAACAAUACCGUGAUAACCGCUUCACCGUUUGCGAAUGGUUUCUACAAGUCACCAGGUGUCUCCGGCCUUCUUCCAGAUGCAUACACCCUACUAGCCAGGCGUUUUGUUCAUGCGGUACACAGACACCAACGCGAAGAGUCAACGGUGCUCCGGGAAUGGCGAAGAGGCACGGUUGGAGAGCCCGGCGGCUGGACAUACCACGCCAAAGGGUUAUGGGUAACGCUCCCAGGUAGUACCACGCCUUCCAUCACUGUGAUCGGCAGUUCCAACUACACGAAACGAAGCUACUCGCUCGAUCUAGAAGCAAAUGCUCUGAUCGUCACAAAGAACGAAGAGUUGAAGAACCGUCUGGCCGAGGAACAACAGUGGCUGAAGGAGCAUACGAGCAUCGUCACGAGGGACGAUUUUGCCAAAACGGAUCGCCGGGUCGGGCUCAAGGUCCGCAUCGCUAUGAUGAUAGUUCAGCUUCUGGGAGGGGCCCUCUAA